UUGACCCUCUUAGCGUAAAACAAUCACACUUGAAUGCUCUAAAACACAAAAACCUCAAUAUCAGUAUUAAUUAUGGUAAAUAAAUCAAACCAAUCAUCGAGACCAGUGCCUUACUCAACCCAAAAUUACUUAAGUCACAACCCCGAGUUCAUCAAACUCUGCAGAUCAAGGUGAAAGCAAACGCGCAGUUAUUCCAACCAGUCCAUCAAAAAUGUUCGCCGUGUUGUUACUAGUACUCGCUCUAAUCAGUGUUAUCUACUUUAAAUUCAUCGUACCAUUUUUCUACUGGCAACGCCGCAACAUCUACUACGUCCGACCAUGGUCCAGAUUCAGAAGAGUCUUUUUGAGCAAAGAGUCAUUCGCGGAGUCCAUCCGGGCACUGUACAAUGAAUACCCGGACAGAAGAUACUACGGUAGCUACCAGUUUCUCCAACCAUCCCUCUUUGUACGCAACGUAGAACUAAUUAAAAAAAUAACCGUCAAGGAUUUUGAGCACUUUACCGACCACUCGGGCUUCACGAGCGACAAAACCGACCCAAUUUUGGGUCUCAACUUAUUUUCUUUGAAGGGCAAGAAAUGGCGGGAAAUGAGGUCGGCGUUAAGUCCCGCUUUCACAGGCAGCAAAAUGCGGUCCAUGUAUAGCUUGAUUUGUCAGACCGCAACCAGCUUCACUCGACACUUCCUGGAUAAAAAAGACGACGUCGUCGUGGUAGAAAUGAAGGACAUUUUUACCAAAUACACUAACGAUGUUAUAGCGAAUUGCGCGUUUGGGAUUGAAUGUAACUCCCUCCUUAAUGAGAACAACGAGUUUUACAAAAUGGGGAGGUUCGUGUCGACGCCAACUAUUUGGCGGCUGCUUCGGACCCUUCUUUACGGGUUCUUCCCGAAGAUAUUUGAGUUUUUCGGAAUUCCAGCUCUCCCUAACCACAUUUCUGAUUUCUUUUUACACAUUGUCAAAGACGCGAUUCACGUGCGGGAGAAAGAUGGCGUUGUGCGACCAGACAUGAUCCAUCUGCUCAUGGAAGCGAGGAAAGGUCGUCUCAAGUACGAAAAACCCGAAUCUAGUGGUUUAGACACAGGUUUUGCCACAGUGCAAGAGUCAGAAAUCGGUACUACCCAGAACUACGCCAUUGAAAUCACAGACGAGGUUAUAACAGCCCAAGCACUAGUCUUCUUCAUAGCUGGAUUCACAACAGCUUCGUCCACCAUGAGUUUCAUGGCCUACGAGCUCGCUGUCAAUCCAGACAUCCAGAAGAAACUCCAACAAGAAGUGGACGUCGUGGUGUCCACCAACGACCAAGUCUCCUACGAAGACGUCCUCAAAAUGAAGUACCUGGAUCAAGUGGUGUCGGAAACGUUGCGAAAAUAUCCACCAGGUUAUGUCAUGAACCGGAUUUGCGUCAAAGAUUACGUGAUCGAACCCAAGGGGGACAAUGAGAACCUUGCUGUUAUUGAAAAAGGGUGCUUGGUGGCCAUUCCGGUCAUCGCUUUGCAUUACAGCCCGGAGUUUUUUGAUGACCCGGAAAAGUUCCAGCCAGAGCGGUUCAGCGAAGAAAACAAGUCGAAGAUUAUUCCUGGGUCGUAUAUGCCGUUCGGAAUGGGACCGAGGAACUGUAUAGGGUCACGUUUUGCCUUACUAGAGAUUAAAGUACUGAUGGCGAAUUUGUUGUCCAAGUUUGAAAUAGUACCUGUGGCGAAAACUGUGAUACCGCUGCAAUUGGCCAAGACUUUGUCGUUGGAAGCUAAAGGGGGGAUUUGGUUGGGUCUGCAACGAAGAAAAUAGUAAAUGAAAUGAAAAUUUUAUGUUACUUGACGUCCAAGCUGACGUAAGUAGUACCUUAUUAUAAAUAGAAAACAGACUUUAUUUUAGUAA